UAAAAUAGUUUCAGUUCAGCUGUUGUGGCUGUUAAAGAACUGAAAAGAAAACGUUUUCGCGUGCGUUCUAUUAAAAAUGUGAUAGUAGUUUUUAAGUGCAGUAUUAAAAAUCGUUAAAUUAUGUGUUUUUUAUCUUUAUAGAACGGAAAAAAUUAAAACGAUAACUAAAAUGACUACAAUUCUUCAUAAUUUGGGAAACAUAAAAGAAAUCUUCGCGAAAUUCAGUUUCUUAUUUUUCCAACAGCCCAUAAAAGGAUCUACAGAUAUAAAACAACAAGACUGGAUUUAUAGAGGCGAAGGUAACGCGAAUUUAGUUAUUUCGUUACCUAAUCGAAGACAGAUAUUAAGGAUUAAAAAGACUCAAAGAAAAUCGCGUACCACCUUAAUAGAUUGGCUCGUUGAAUUAAUUACGGAUUAUUUGAAUCAAGAUCUUAACGAAGAUAUAGAAACGGCAACUGAAGAAUCACUUGACAUUAAAUUUUAUCGAAAUGUUAUGACCCCAUUGAUGGGGUGUUUUGUUUGUGACGCUACUCUUAUUAUUAUUAAUAGAAGACAAACGGAAGAUCUGAAUAAAGCUUUGCAACAAUGUAGACCAAAUUACAGGAAACACAAGAAAUUAAAAUUUGGAAAAGCAACAUUUUUAACGGAUUUUGCCUUCCUGCCCAAACAUUUAGACUCUUAUGGAUUAAUUGGGGCUACUUAUUCCGUUGAAAUUAAACCAAAACAGGGAUGGAUUGCUAAUAGAAAUCCUUUGGAAAAAUGUAAAUUUUGCCAAAAUCAGUACUUAAAGUUGUCUCAAGGACAAAUAAAAAAAAUAAGUAAUUACUGCCCAUUAGAUUUAUUUUCGGGUGAAAAACAUCGAAUGAUAAAAUCAAUUAAAUCUCUAAUAACCGAUCCGCAAAAUAAUUUUAAAAUAUUUCGAAAUGGAGUACAAGUUUACGGUGAACAAAGUAACGAAGAUAAUUUAAUAGAUCUCUUAAAAGAUUGGCUCCAUCAUAACAAAGAGUCGUCGUCAAAUUAUAAUUUAAUGGAGGAAUUCCUCGAAAUAAUUUAUAAAACAUUAAUAAAAAGUAUUGAUAUAAAACGUUCAUCGUGUAUUUUUAACUCGAAUCGAAAAGAAAUGGAUCCAAAUUGUGGCGAUCUUCCGGAAGGUUGUAUUUUAGAAAGAAUAUUACGUGUACAAAAAUUAGAUUCGAUGGGAAUUAGUUAUUAUAAAGAAUUGAAAGAUCGUAUGAAAUUGGGGAAUAAAAGCAAUUAUGUUAAAACGUUAUUAAAUGAAAUUGAAAGGAAGAAAGAUUUUUUGUGUGUUAAUGAAGAAGAAAACGGUAAAGAUUUUAACGAAUUAGAGUUAACUCCGUAUUUAAUUGCGUCUGUAGCGAAUGAUUGUUCGUUUAUGUUGACUUAUCGAAAAAUGAUUGAUUUAAAAACAUCUGUAACGUUAGAUCAAAGAUAUAUUUUGGAAUCGUCAAACGGAUCUUAUGCGGUAAAUGUAGGUGUUUUCGAUUUAUAUCCAAAGCCGAUUUCAACCAUUGAUAAACAUUUUAAACGAAUGGAAGAGUUAUCCAAGUUAUCUUCACAAAUAGGAAUGUAAAAACAAUAUUUUUCGUUUUAAAUAACUAGUACAAAUUUACAAAUUAAUUAUUAUUA